UGAUCGAAUCGGAGCAAUGUCAUGGAUGGAGCCAGGCCACUGUUGUUAUUCGCUGGAAGUUUUGGAUCGAAUAAGGUCAGUCGCCGUGCACGAAGCUUCACAGGUGACCAUGUCUCUUCGUAUUGCUUUCCUUGCGAUCUUCCCCUUCUUCGCCUUUGCUGAGGACACCGCUCCAGCACUGCGCGGUAGCCCCAACAUCGAUAGCAUCCAGCAGCCCACGGCGGCACAGCUGACAUGCAGUGGAACUGGGGCCCUGCCGCAAGCCCCGGCUUGCUUUGGAGGCAACGUGCUGACCAAUUGGUAUGAGAUCAAGGUGGUGAGCGUGGACGGAAAUGUGGGAGUCGUGGACUUGAAGGCUGUUGGCCCGCUGCCGGCAUCGUGCCCUGGCGCCCAUUUUGAGAACAGUGCCGGGGCCAUCACCAUCGAGAACGACGAGACGUGUGGCUUGAGCAACUAUGAGUACACUGUCAACUACUGCUCCGAUCAGGACAAGUUGAUCAUUGACAUCAUCAAGCCAUACGGCGUGAAGGUGGUGCUGCCAGCCACGGAAUGCCCUGACAAUGGCGAAGUGUAAAGAGUGUAAAGAGUCGCCACGACUCCUCGGCUAAUGGCCUGGUUUCAGAGGCAAACAAGUUGGGCCGGCCCUUGAAAUUGUGGAUGUGAA